GUCCCAAUAUGGGUUGCAAUUCAUAUGAAGUGUAAAUCUCAUAAAUAGUGAGCCCGUCUCUCUCUCUCUCCCUCUCUCAAGAUGUCAGAUGGCCGGCUUUGCCGAUGCUACAUACUCCAAGACAAAGCCUUUGUGCAAGCAUAGUAAGCUCCAAAGUUACAAACACACAACGCUACUUGACAUAUAUUAAAUUAUGAAACUUACAAGAGCCUAGCCUCUUUUCGAAGGGCAAAACAAGAACACCACUAGGCCUUACGAACAUCGAAAACGUCAUCUCCAAACAAUACACAUUCCUAUAAAUUUCCACAUCUACCUCAUUUUGAUAACACAGUCUAAAGAGAACAAUCAUAUAGAAGAGAUCGAAGCACUCAUAGCAAAGAUGUCUGAUGUCAUUCUUUUGGACUGUUGGGUGAGUCCCUUCUGCAUGAGGGUGAAGAUUGCCCUGGAGGAAAAGGGCAUCAAGUAUGAAGACAGAGCUGAGGAUCUCAUUGGAGGCAAGAGUGAACUGCUGCUCACAUCGAACCCGAUUUACGGGAAGGUGCCGGUGCUGCUUCACAAUGGAAAACCAUUGUCUGAGUCGAGCAUCAUCGUUGGCUACAUUGAUGAGACCUGGGCUUCACCACCACUACUCCCAUCUUGCCCUUAUGGUCGGGCUCAAGCCAAGUUCUGGGUUGACUUCAUUGACAAAAAGUUGUUCGAUGCAGGCGGCAACAUAUGGAAAACCAAAGGAGAAGCACAAGCGGUGGCUGUAAAAGACUUCAUAGAGAUCUUAAAGCAGCUGGAGGGUGGUCUGGGAGACAAGGAUUACUUCGGUGGCGAUAGCUUUGGUUUCGUGGACAUCAUAGCGAUCGCUAUAACCAGCUGGUUUAAUGCAUUCGAAAGGUUUGGCAACUUCAAGGUUGAAGACCACACCCCAAAGUUUUCAGCUUGGAUUAAGAGGUGCUUGCAGAGAGAGACAGUAGCCAAAGUCAUUCCAGACCCAGAAAAGGUUUAUGAAUUUGUCCUCUUUCUCAAAAAGAUGAACAGUAUUGAAUAGAGAUCGAAAUCGGCCAACUUGUUUGAUGGAUCAAAA